AGCUUCCUUCGACACACGUCCCUGUGUGAAAAGCUCUGAUGUGGAUCCAAGUUUUUCUGGGGCUCCUGGUUGUGGCCCUAGGCCUGCUCCUGCCCUACCCUGUCUGUGAGGCCACCUCCCUGGGUGCAGUGGUCAAUGUUGUCCCUCUAGAGAAGAGGUGGAGGAAAUAUGGUGAGAGCCCACUACACCGUGAUCUCGGCCCUUCCCUGUCCUACGUUCUCCGGAGUGUGUCAGACAGGGGAAGACUGUGUCGUGCAUACCACCCCGUUACCCUACACAGGACAGAAGCCCGCCUCAGGCUGGUGCGUCCGCCAAUGGCAGAGGACCGUUCCCAGCAACUACAAGGCCAACGUGAAUGUGGGGUCCAACGUGAAUGUGUUUCUGUCCUUGUGGGCUGGACCCUCCAACCAGUCUAACCCAUUGAGACUAAACCAGCCACCUUACUGCAGCCUGCCUCCUCCUCUCAGGGCUCGCGUGAACUGCCCACAUCACUUCCCACUGACGGUGAAGGACCUGGAUGGGGACACGGUGCGCUGUCGCUUUGCCCGGGCUGACCUUGGAGAAUGCCUUGACUGCCCCCAGCACAAUUUUCUGAAGAUGGAGGAGGAGUCGUGUACGCUGUUGUACAAUGGUAAAUCAUCCGCUGGCCAAUACUCUGUGCAGCUGAUGGUGGAGGACUUUUCCAAGUCAAACCCAAACCGCCAAACCCAAAGCACUCAGUUCCAUCCCACUGCACCUGUCCCUUACAGUGGAGGAGGCGUCCUCAAGCUGCAUUUCCGAGAUGGUCACCACAGGACUAACACCAACAGUGUGUCAGAGAUAGUGGUGGUUGGUCCCCCUGGCCUCUUCAGGACAGCGCUGGAAACCAAGGGUUCCCUGGCCACCAUGAAUCUCACAUGGAUCCGGGGCCCCAAUAACCUGCCUCCUCUUUUGCCACUUUGUUUCAUGGCCAACACCAACAGUUUGCAGUCUGAACCAAGAUGUGUGUGGCUUUACCAAAGACAGAUGGAGACCAUUCCCACUGGAACAGAGCUGACAUGUGGGAAGACUGAGAUGAAUCUGGUUCUCCCCAUUUCCACCCUGAAGAACCUGAUUGUGUCAGAGCUCCAGCUCAACCACCCUUCCUGUAGUGUCACCUCCAACUCCACCCAUGUGAUGGCCCGCAUCUCUCUGACUGGCUGCGGCACUAAGAGAGUGGUACGAGACUCUGCCCACUGUAUCAAAUGCAAAACUUACAUUGGCUCCUUCCCAGUAGUGGUGCCUGACACUCUGGUUCAGAGAUGGUGUACACCAACACCCUGCGGCGUGCGCAUCCACCGUCAUCAGUCGGCUGCCCACCUUGAUUAUGCCGCUCGCCUGCCGUUUCCCGGGGGUCGAGGCCAAGGGCCCGCGGUCGCCAUCAACAUGCCGUCGGAGCAGGAGACCUUCGGCAUCGUCAAGUUCUGCGUGUCCGCCGAGAGACGUCCGGUCCGCACCGCGAGCAGGCUGGACACACUGGACCUGCAUGUGUUCUCCAACACCUCUCUGGACAGGGCAGAGCUGAUGGUGGGCAAGUGCAUGGAGUCCGAGACAGAAGACAUGGCUGACAGCUUCUAUAUCCUGGAACAGGGUCAGUGCAGGUGUACGGCUGGAAAUGGAACCCUGGAGAUUCUGACCUCAACCUCCACUGCCAGGGUGUACCGAAUCGACCUGAGCACUAUCAACACUAAAGGAACCACGAUGUACGUGGAGUGUACAGUGUAUCUCUGUGUCACCACGAGGCCCUCUCAGAAGUGUCCUGAUCAGUGUGACAGGGACAGCAGCAACCAGGUAACGGUUGACAACAUGCUGACCAGGAGCUAUAGCGUCCGCUCCGGCCCCGUUAGACUCGUACCCACCACCGCUGCACUGGCAACCACCACUGUGUUCACAACUACCAUCCCCACCGCCACUAGUACCACAGCAGCACCAACUACCACAGCCUCAAAUGCUCCAGCUGAGGACUCAACCAUGGCAGUGGGCGUGGUCUUGGCUGUCGUUCAUGUCUUUCUUCAAGGCCUACUUCAUCACUGAAGAAACAAGGCUUAGAAUACCUAUGAUGUUAAAUUGUAGCUCUCAUGUGGAUUUCUGCAUACUAAUUGACAUCAUUUAAAGCACACAUCACAAGAAGCCAAUGGAAUUAGUGAUAUGACACACUGCUUACUUUGAAUGGGCCUUUUGAAUAUUUUUCAAGAUACUUAUUUUUGUACAGUAUACUCCCCAUGAUGGUUUCUACAUUUCCCCAGAGGACAUUAGUAUGAAAUUUGUGCAUGUAAAGCAUGAAACACUGAGAAUCUCACUGCUGAUAGGUACUUAUCACAGUGGGAGGCCGUUCCUUCUCUUGCUUGAACAAAAGCGGUACCUGCUGCGUGCCAACCUUGUAGCGACGAGCCUACCGGUUCUAGUCGUCAGUGGCCAACAACUUGAUUUUGAGCCAAUCUGAGGGGUCGUCACUAGUUACCACAGCCACAAAGUCAUAAACCACAAUUGAUCUUCUUAUAAUGUGAUUUUAAACCUAAC